UUUCAAUUUCCCCUUUUCUUCUCCAAGUAAACGGCAUAGGGCUCAGCUCAUAUCUUCUCGGUUGUGAAGCCCUCUGAAUCGCAAUCGCAGCUCUCUUUCGAUCGCUCAUCGCCCUCAAUUUCAUUCAGCGCUCUCAGCUGUUUCAAGGGUUCUGCGUUUGGAGGCGGAGAGAUGGAAGGUGGCGAAAACCGCCUUCUCCCAGCUGGUGCUUUGCCAUUGUUCCAGGAAGGCAUCGGGUUGGUUUUAUCUCGUUGGUCAGCUCUUCAAUUGGCAGUGGAAAACGAGUGGGGCGGUCGGGACUCUCGUCGUAAAGUCGAACUAUUAUGCUCUGACAUUCUCACAUGGUUUACUCAGAACAAAGAGCCACUAUAUAUUGAUGAUUUAGAAAUGAUUCUUGAUGAAGCUUUGCUUUCGUUGAAUACUCAGGUUGAUGAUGGUAGCAUUGAGGAGGUAGCUGAAAGAUUGAUUGUCAUGCAUGAGGAAUGUCUGGAUGGUAACUUUAGCUCUAUCGAGAAGUUAAGGCAAUCCCCUCUUCCUCAAGUUGCUCGUUCUCACGUUAGUCAGGUUAUGAGCGAUGAUGAUGAAGAAGAAGAUGAAGAAGAGGGUGGUGAUGUUGUUGUUGGAAAUGGAAGGAGGGAUAUGAUGGUGGAUGCCACACAACCCAGGCCUGUCAAUCAGCCCACUCCAGAGGCCACAGCAGAAGCCGAAGAUGGAUGGGUGCAAGUCACAUCAAGAAGAAGUAGGGGUACAAGAAAUUAGUAAGAACCCUACUUUUAAUUAUCUAUCUCUACUUAAUUCAUUUACCCUUUUUUUUGUACUGGGCACUGGCCAUCAAUUUUGUUUCGUCCCAAAAUAUACAAAAUGUUAGAAUCCAGCUUGUGGGAGAGCUCACUGUGGGAUGGUAUGCCAUUGCUUUCUUUAAGUAUCAUAUUUCUCCCCCAUGCCUUCUGGUUACUCCAUUAUAUACCAUAGGUGGUAUAGGUACGGUAGUAAGAUAGAGUCUGCGUUUUGAACACCCGUAUCUAAAGAUUUAUAUCUUAA